CAGGGAGUCUCGGGGAGGAGGUAGUUUCCAGUGUAGAUUACAAUUAGCAUCUGAUUUUGCAAGGAGAAUAAGUCAAACCUUAACUGACCUAGGUCACGCAAGCUGCUGUGUGCAGUCUUCAAGGCACUUGGGGAAUGCCCUGGGCCUGGGGUUCCCACAAGUGGCUUCACCAAAAGAGGAGCAUUUAUAAGCUGUAUCGUCAAAGUCAGGGAAGCGUGGCUGCAGACAGGGCCUCCAACCAUCUUGUCUGUUGGCUUCCUUCACCAGGACACAUGCCAUGCAGUGAGCAAGAGGUUUCCAGCAUCCCCAGAAAAACACCACCUUCACUGCCCCACAGAACAAGGCCAGGGUCUGGGAUGGCUCUGGCAUAAAAACUCCAGGGCCGGGGACCUCACGGUGCCUCCGCAGCAGCUGGUAGCCUCUCACCGCCACCUGCCCUUCUCUGCGCAGAGGGAGCACCGGGGCCUGUUUCCUGGGCCGGUCUCUGAUUUGCCUACACCUCAAGGUUUGAUAGAUCUUCUUGGCAAAGGCUCCCCCCAAAGAUUCCUGCUAACGCUUGUCUAAUCCUGCCUCUUGGCAAAACACCGAACCUACAGGACUCCAGGAAGAGUCUUAAAUCCCGAUACUCCUCAGCUUCUCCUGGUGGAGCACCACGAAGGUGCUUUCUCUGUGGCUGGCUCCAGGUCCCCUCCGAUUCCAGGAGCUGCCCAGUCCUCUGAGACCCAUUCACCAUCCUAGCAACGCCCACAGGAGCCGUGGUCCCAGCCGGAUGAGGCCACUCCCGAGCAGGACCCAACCUUGCCACCCGCUGAGAUAGCCACGCCGCCCCCCACCCCCUCCCAUGCCAGGCUGCCUGGGCAGACGGCAGGAUGUCUGUGCCCCAGUUCCAGAUAGAAGAAGUGGUGGGUGGGGAAGAAGAGCCAGCAGCAGUGGCCCUGCCUCCUGACGACCACCUACGGACCCUGAAGGCCCUCACGGAGAAACUGAGGCUCGAGACCCGCAGGCCCUCUUACCUGGAGUGGCAGGCCAGGCUGGAGGAGCAGACGUGGACCUUCCCAAGGCCGGCGGCAGAGCCAGAGGCCAGCCCAGGCCACGGGGAGUGUGCAGAGGGAGCAUCCUCGCUCCCCAGGAGAGAGCCCAGGCAGCAACCGCCACCUAAGGGGAGUGCCCGUGCCAGCCAGGGUGAGGGCGAGGGGCCCCUGUCUGCCGGCAAGCUGAAAGGCUUUGAAAGUAUCGGGGAAGCUCUAACCUGGCUCCGGAAGGAACUGACUGAGAUGCGGCUGCAGGACCAGCAGUUGGCCAGACAGCUCAUGCGCCUGCGCAGUGACAUCAACAAGCUGAAGAUCGAGCAGACAUGCCACCUCCACAGGAGAAUGCUCAACGACGCCACCUACGAGCUGGAGGAGCGGGACGAGCUGGCCGACCUCUUCUGCGACUCCCCGCUGGCCUCCUCCUUUAGUCUCUCCACUCCACUCAAGCUCAUUGGGGUCACCAAGAUGAAUAUCAAUUCCCGAAGGUUCUCUCUCUGCUGAGAAGCCCCCGGAAAGGGGGCAGAGGAGCCAGAGAGCAGAGUCGGGGGAGGGAAGGUGUGCGUGGGAAGGGAUUUGCAGCAGAGCUACCCUGCUGGGUCUCCCCAGAGGCAGAGCACACCCAGAGCAGCUGCAGGGCUUCCCUGCGAUUGAUGGGAAUCAGUCAGUGGGCCCCCCAGGACCUGGGGGAAGUGCUGUCUCAGGGGCCCCAGAUGUGAGAGCCCAGUGUCUCUGUGACUGGCUCUCCACUUAGCACCCAAAGAGUCAUGCCGAAGGGCCACUCCACCCUGCUGUUAAAUGAGAACUGAGUUCCAGCACGACACGUCUCAGUCCUCCCCUCAGUUACCCUCAUUCCUGUCUCCGGGAAUCACUGGUGCUAUUGUUACCAAGCAAGGGCUCGCUGCCCGACACGCACAGGAGUCAGUGCCAUGACAUCGGGAUUUUGAGAAACAAAAGAGCUUUAAUGCAAAGUGGAGUGGCCUGGAGACAGGAGCCAGCAUUCAAACCUGUCUCCCCAAGUCUAAAGAGCUUAGAGUUUUUAUGGGAGUCUAAAGAGCUUAGAUUUUUUAUGGGAUUCAAACAUAGGGAGGUGGAGGUAGUGAUUGGUUAUGUUUUGGUUAUAGUUAAUAGGUAGUGUGCAAGUGUGGGCCAAGAAGCCCUUGAAAACUCACAAAAGUCCGCUAGGGUAAGCACAAGUGGCUACACAAGGGGGCUUCUGGUCACUUCAGUGUUGUAACUCACUCAGUUAACAUAAGAUAGCAAGUUAAGGAAUGGAAGUGAGCUAAAAUAACAUUUAUAAUUACAAGUAAAACCGCUGUAGUCAGCGAUUACACUACGAACUGGGAUUUCAGAGGGAGGGCACCCCCAAAGCUGUUAUUUUUGCAGGAGGCUCCCCCAAGGGCACUGAGGUCCCCCAUCCCCACUUUGAAGGGGUGGGGGUGAGGGCGGGGAGCACGGUUAGAUGAGUUAGAUGUCUCCAUCUCAAUGUUGCUGUCCUCUAAGUACUGGCUCAGAUUCACCCUAAAUAGGUGACUCAGCAACCUUGAAAGGGACCCACCAGGAAAGAAGAACUGGAAGGAAUAGCAAAGGGAAGCUGUCUUCCUUGGGGAUGUAGGCUCCAGCCCAGCAGCCAGUGCCCUCGAUGGGCGCCUGCUCCAGGCACUUUUGGUCUUUGAUCUUGGCACUUUGAAGCCGUGUAAACUGUUUCCAACACGUGCCAGGACCUGUGACGAGCACACACCAGUGUAGCCUGGAUGAAGCAAGCACGCCCUGCUCUGUUGUCUCCCCUGGGCAAUUAAGCCAAUCACCACCCCCAAAGACCCCCUUGGCUGCCACCCCACAACUCCCGAGGGAGUGUCCAGGAGACACUCAGUGACUGGCCAGGCAGCUCUGUAAAUGGAUUGAUUUCCCGUAGCUGAAUACUCCUGGCAGGGCCACAGAGGCCUCCUGGUGGAUUCUAAUGGAAUCACCUCGUUACCUAACUGCCUCCUCAAAAAAGGUGAUUGAGGGAGGUCCAAAGCACGGUGCGGGCCUCCUCUGAGAUACUGUCCCACACCUGAACAACUGAUUUUAGUUGAAUCAGACUGUUACUAAUCUAUUGCUAACAUAUUCAUAACUUUGAUUAUUGUCCAGUUGGGGAAGCCAGUUGCGAAAGUCAAGUACAGGAGUUUAGGAUUUGGCUUUUAAGAGGGUCUCCCUAACAAGUGUGAGGAUCAUCAAGUCGAGGCCUGAGACCUCAAUAGGUUAAGGAACUUAAUCUGAUAUAACAGGAGGUCCCGCUGCCAACCCAGUAUAAUCAUAAAAUCAGAAUUUUUUGACCUCUGAUGCCAUCUAGUCCAGCCCUCUCAUUCAUAAAGGAACAAACCGAAACCCAGAGAAGGAAAAUGACUUCCUCAAGGUUACACAGCCAUUUAGUGGCUAUAGAAUAUUGAUGUGUUAAAUCAUUUUUAAUAAUGCCUAGGCAUACCCUAUAUCAAUGAACUUGAGCCCCAAAGAUGGUUCUAAUUGUUAGCCAAACCCUCAGACUGCCAAACUCUCUGCUCUCCAUCUCACUCAGCACCCCGUCGCUCCCCCUCCCCCCGCCAACCCCUCUCACUUUGGAGUUCAGAAUAUUUGGGUCAAACUCAGAACUACGGCUAGACAGAAGACCUGCAGGGCCUGUACAGCAAAUCGCCAUCCGAUAGUCUUGCCACCAUGCCCUGCUGCUCUAUGUGUCAUGUUUUCCCUUCCUGUAUAAUUACAUUAGGGUGUGCACGUACACAAAUACACCCACACUCACACACACACACACCAUUACCAAUGUAGGGGAAAGCCUGCUUUUCUUUUGUGAGCUGGGAGUGGGAGGAUGCUAAUGAAUAGUCCCAAGUUAGAAAGAAAAGAACUUGGUCUCUACCUAGUGAUUUCAGAGAGCCUGAGUGUUUAUGCUUUCUGCAAAUGUGGGAGAACAGCAUAGCCAAGAUUUGUUUUCUGGGCUAAUUUGAGCAAAGAAGGAAAUCCGAGGCCCAGAAGACUCCUUGAGGGGACUGAGUGGAGGGCAGCCUUGUCAGACCUGUGCUCCCUCAUGCAGGAGAGGAUGGAGGUGGAGACUUUCUGUCCUGAGUGAUGUCUCUCCUCAGGGAUUAGGCACAACACUGCCAAGCCUAAGAGCAGCAUUCCUGCCAGGAUACUUCCAGAAGGUGUUCUUGAGGCAGCAGAGUACACACCCUGGCCAGUGUGCAUUCACCUACUCACACCGCAGAGAACACACACGUCAACAUGCUCAAACCCACACGUGAAGCCCAUCCCCUAUUAUGAAGAAAUGCUGGACUGAUUUUUUUUGUAAGAAAUCAGUCAUUACAAUAACCAGAAAAAAAAAUAGAUUCAACUAAAGCCGAGCAAUGUAGUUGCUCAGUCAACCCAAUGCUUUUUUCCUUCUUUUGUUCUUUGAGAGGAAACUGAGAUCAAUUCAUGAUUUCUCCGCUAGGUUAGCGGUCUCAGCUAUUUUGCUUAGUCCAGCCCAAGAGAAUUUGAAUUGGGCUACAGAGGAGAAAGAGGAAAGAGAGUGCCAGAGAAGAGAAGUGGAGGGGAAAAGACAGGUGAAGUCUGUUGCUCAUAGUCCAGUGCCUGUUAGCUCCCUUACUGGCCACAGUGAACACAAACAACUAACCAAGUUAACUCAGCUUUGUGAAGUCACUGCUCUGUGUGGGCCAUGUCUGUGGGUCAGCGACAAUCUUGGCCUAAUCUUGUCGAUGUCCCAGGGCAACUUUCUGGCUUUCUAUGUGUAUACAGUACUCUGUAGUUUUACUCAUUAUCUACCCAUCUCUCUGCCAUCCCCAAGCAUCCCCUGGGUGUAAAACAUGAAAUCUCUGUUGGCGCUGCCGUGUGGUAAUGUCUGGUGUCUUCAUGGAUUCAGUAGCAAUCACCAAGUCCUGGAGAGCCUGGAUGGUUUGACAUUGGUCUUAUCUAGCUCCAGGCCUCCUCCCUGUUUCUACUAGCAAUACCAAGUGCUAUUAUGUAAUCGAUGGAUACUUUAUAAUUUUAUUUUUAUGAUCAUUUGUUCCUAUAUUACUGUUAGAAAAAGUGAAAUAAAAAUAUUUC